AUAUUUUCUUGUUCUACUUUUUUCUUUUAUUUAAUUUAACUUUUUUAAGCUACAUCUGAUUUUAAUGAGUUCAAAUUGAAAGUAUUCAGACGAACAAUGCUCUGUGUAUUUUGUGCUGUUGUAUUUUUUAAAAGUUAUUGUUAAGAGCGUAGAUAAUAGAAUUAACAGAAUAGACUCAAUGCCAUAUUCUACGGCCAAAAGGAAGAUGAAGUUCAGUGGUACCGAUAGUUGUUGCUGGCGGCGGUAGAGCUCAGCACCACAGUAGAUUACGAAGACUGAUUAAAGGGUACUCUCCUUGGCUAGUUUUUCGAACUGCCGCAUUCGCGGAUCUCCCACCUUUUCGCCGUAACUCCUUGUGGUGCACCUUUUGCCAUCCCAUAAGUCGGUCUAUAUUUUAGAAUUUAAAUGGCUCUUUUUAGAGUUUCUACCACCAAACUACCAGAAGCUAGUCAGGUGCUCCAGAAUGUCACAAACACUGUUUUACGAGGCAUCGCAUCCGACUCAACAGAUUUAAAAGGAAUUCUUGCCAGCAGAAUUCCUAAAGAAGUCGAAAAAGUAAAAAAUUUUAGGAAAAAACAUGGUUCGACUAAAGUUGGCGAAGUAACAGUUGAUAUGAUGUAUGGAGGUAUGCGAGGCAUUAAAGGUCUGGUCUGCGAAACAUCUUCGCUUGAUCCCAACGAAGGUAUUACAUUUCGAGGCCAUUCUAUUCCAGAGUGCCAAAAAGUUCUUCCUAAGAGUCCGAAUGGUGGGAAAGAGCCACAACCCGAAGGUCUGUUUUGGCUUCUCGUAACGGGUGAAAUUCCUAAUAGAGCCCAGGUUGAUUGGUUAUCUAAGCAAUGGGCACAACGUGCUGAACUUCCAUCUCAUGUUGUUAAUCUUUUAAACAAUUUACCAUCGCAAAAGGUGCACCCUAUGUCCCAACUUUCUGCUGCUAUUACUGCCUGCAAUACAGAAAGCAAAUUUGCGGAAGCCUAUAACAGGGGUAUUAAGAAGUCCGAAUAUUGGGAAUACAUAUAUGAAGACUCAAUGGAUCUUAUUGCAAAGUUGCCUGUAAUUGCAGCUAUGAUUUACAGAAACACGUACCAAGAUGGUAAGGGAAUUGGAGCCAUUGAUGCUUCUAAGGAUUGGUCAGAAAAUUUCACGCGCAUGUGUGGAUUUGAUUCAGUGGAAUUCACAGAAUUGAUGAGGCUAUACCUCACCAUUCACAGUGAUCAUGAAGGUGGUAAUGUUUCUGCUCAUACAGUUCAUCUCGUCGGCUCAGCUCUCUCAGAUCCAUACCUUUCAUUUGCUGCUGGCUUAAAUGGUCUAGCUGGUCCUCUACAUGGUCUUGCUAAUCAAGAGGUCUUAAUCUUUUUAACAAAAAUGUUGAAAGAGCUAGGAGAAAAUGCUCCCGAUGAAAAGGUAAAAGAAUAUUGUCUGAAAACUUUAAAAUCUGGACAAGUCAUUCCAGGUUACGGACAUGCUGUCUUAAGAAAGACUGAUCCAAGGUAUACUUGUCAGCGUGAAUUUGCUCAAAAAAAUCUACCAAAUGACCCCAUGUUUAAGCUUGUUGCUCAAGUUUAUAAAAUAGUACCUCCAAUUCUCAUGGAAACUGGUAAGGUGAAAAACCCAUGGCCCAAUGUAGAUGCUCACUCAGGUGUUUUGCUACAGUAUUAUGGAAUGAAGGAAAUGAAUUACUACACAGUCUUAUUUGGAGUCUCCCGUGCUCUUGGUGUCUUGGCUUCACUCAUUUGGGAUAGGGCAUAUGGAUUACCAAUUGAGAGGCCAAAAUCAAUGUCUACAGAUGAUCUCAUGAAAGCGGUUGGAUAUACUGCUUAGACCAUGUCUUGUACCUUAAUUUAUUUAUGAAAGAAAAAAAUAAUUAAAUUAAAUGGUUCAAUAAUGAACCACCUGUAUAGAAUACCAUUCGCUAUUUGUAUAGUGUGUAAAUUUCACCAUAGUUAUUUAUUAUUUCAUCAUCGACUUACUAGUUUCCUAUUCAUUUUCAACCUGUUAAUAGUUUUUUGGCAUUAAAGAAAUACAGUUUUAUACUGUUAUUUCCGGAAGUCCAUGAGUACUCAGAGCAUUGGCUUUCUUGGUUUGUACUGCGCUAUAGAACUUCCAAUUGAAAGUUUUAGGUCAAUGACUGCUGAGUAUCUCAUUAUCAUGUUUAGCUAAUGCAUUGUUUUAUAUAGCUUUAACUCAAAAGAAUACAAUUCUUUUUUUUUGUACAAAGAUAUAAAUAAAAUAAAAAAAUGAUCAUAAAAGAUGGCUGUAGUACAGUAAUAAAGUGGAAGAAGAACAUAUUUAUUUAAAUAAAUAAAUAUGAUUAGUAUGAAAUGGUUUCUUUAUUAAUCCUCUUUCUUCUUUUUAAUAAAUACCAUUUUGUAGGAAAAUAAUCAUUGUCUAAUUGAUUUCAGUGUGAAAAACUCUCCUAAGUUUUAAAUUCUUGGUUGAAGUUCAGUUCUGUUCUGCUAAAACGUUAUCUAAGUUUGAUCGCUUGUUGGCAGCUAAGAUUGAUGGUCGAAGAAAUAUCUUAAAAACUUCAGGUCUGUGUGUGGAAGAGAAAUUGUGUUGUCAUAUAAAUAAAACCCAUUUUACUGAUAUUUUUUGCUAUUUAAUAAUUAUAAAACGUUUUUCGGUUA